GCCAUUAGUCGCUACAAAUUCAACACAAGAAAUGGUGAAAAUUGGGAGAUCGUACAUCACGGAUCCUCCAAAACUGUCAAACCCGUUCGCAAAAUAUAUUGAAUCAGUCGGUUCCUCCAAAUCUAAGCUUACCUUGCCGUCUUCGUCGUCAUCGUCAUCUCCCAGUGAGCACGUGCCCUUGAAAACAGCGUUAUCGCCGACUUCUCCUCCAUGCCAAUCUUCAGAUCCUCCUGCAACCGUUCCCUCAACUGAAAACAAUUCAAACAAAGAUGUAAUUGCUCAGAAUUCGUUCGAUUUGACCGGCGCUCGAGGUGAAUUUGAGAACUGCAAGAAUUCUGACGAAAAGGCGAAGCUCAAAGCGCGUCUGCAACCGGUAAUUCUUGAUCACUUGCACAGGUUGUCGAAGAUGGAAGCGAAGAGUAAUGUAGGGGCUGAAAUUGCAGAGUUGGUUGAUUUCUUCAAGUUACUAAAUCCUUCAGAUCCGAAAUUCGCGGAGUUUGGUAAUAUAAGUCAUACGAGUCGUGAAGGAGUGAUUAGACUGCACGAAGGAACGUUGCGGAUUAAGGAAUCGCAAGAGAAAUUGCAAUCUGAACUUGCCAAAAUGUCUCUUCCAGCUACAGAAUGAUGUAUAUACCUGUUUGGUUUCUUUUUCCAGAAUUUGUGCCUUGGGUCAGUCUUUCUAGGGUGUUUUUUUUUAAAAAAAAAAAAAAUUUUGUGGUUAAAUUUGUGUUGUGGACGAAAUGUCCCAAAGAUGUGCAUAUUUUGAUUAAUUGUAAUCAUGUUCUAACCUAUCUCUAUCUGGAUGAAUCAUGAAUCAUAGGCUUGACACUUUACACCCAAA